ACAUGAAUCUGUGUAAAUAAAAUGAAUGAAAAUGAACUAGAAAGAAAUUAUUAAAGGUAUAUUUAUAACAUAUUUACAGUGAAUGUGAUCUUUUUUAGAAAAAAGAAAAAUGAAAUAUAUACGUAAAAUGAAAUGUACGUAAGUAACAUGUGUAACAUAAAUCAAUGACGUCAAUAAUUUCCUAAAGUGAAUUUUUUAAUCUUAAGCUUGAUGACGAAUUAUUAAAAAAAACUUGUUUUUGAUCAUACUAUUAUUGUGUUUUUAUUAUUAUUCGAUUAUUAUGUUGAAGUAUAGUGAAAAGUAAGAUUUAUAUUAGAAUAUGAUUUGCAAUAAAAACAUUCGGAAUAUUGUAAGUUAAAAACAAAAUAAAAGAAAAUUCUUGGAUAAAUUGCCAUGGCGAUGACAGUGAUAGUGAGACCAAACCUCUACGAACUUCGCUGUGUGUGACAUCACUCUUCAUUGUUGGAGGUUUACGUCAUUCUCGAGUCUGGUCCUAAGUCGGUGCGCGCGACCUACAGUAGUAUAUACACGCGUACAGCUAGUGGCGGGAAGUGAUAGAGACGAAAAAGGCAAAAAACAUAAAUUAUUAUUGUAAUUAAGUGAAACAUAUUAAACGUUUCGUUUUUCAUUAAAAUAAAAUCAUUAUUUGCCUAUAGUGACUUCUUUUUUUGAAUCAAAAAUUGGAAAUUAUUAAACUUAUAAGUAAGAAAAGGAGAAAGGUGCCGAUGGAAUGGAGUGAGGGUAACUAAUUGUAAGAAGAAUAGAGAGGAAAGGGUGAAAGAAAAAGGAAAGAAGGUGCACGAGAUAGAAAAGGAACAUGAUAUGAAGCGCGACGUUUAACAGUGGUAGCGCUGAUUUGUGAUUUCAUCAACGAUUACUGAUUUCGAGGGAACUUAAUCUGAAUCGAGUGUAGUGCUUUCGAACUGUAGAGUAUUUUUCGCGCGGUAAUAAAAUUACGCGCGAUAUCACUGAUAUCAAAAGAAUGUUCACGAGUAUGUAAUUUAUUUGUGAUUUGUUCACAGCAGUGCCUCUUUGACGACGCUCUUACAUUUUAAAUAUAACGAUGUAUAAAUAAGUAUGAGCAAUAGCGGGAGUGUACUAUCAGAUCUCUCAUUGUUGAUUUUUCCAGAGAAUCUGAGUUUGAUUACCGCGUUUUUUUAUUCAGAUUUGAGACUUAUAAAUGAAUGCACAUGAAAUGCAGUCGAAAUCAAUGUUUUUCCCUUUGAAGUUUACCACAUAUGUUUUUUAUGCGUGGGCAUGCAGCACCGAACUAUCAUCAAGGUUAGUGUGCCUGACAGGUUCUCCAUCGCCUUGCAAACUUACGCUAGUUCUCAAUGGGUAGCAGUGAAUAGCUGCAGUAGGAAAAUUCAAAAUUCUCUUCUGUUGAAUGAUUAAGAGAUAAAUAUAUCAAAUAGGCAUAGAUUCUUUGCCUAAUUCAUAUUAUUUUGUACAAUGAAAUCUUUCUGUAUAUCUGUUCAAGUUUAUAUCAACAGAUAUCGACAAAAUCUAUGGAAAAAAAACAUACGUAAUGUUGUCACUUGUAUAUUGGAUACACAUACACAAAGAGUGGCGACUUACUAAAAAUUAUCUGAUUAUUGGUCCUCAUGCUUAUAUAAUGCUCCAAGAAUUUUAUAUUUUUAUCAUUGAAUUGGCACGUUUGUGCAAAAAAAGAACAGCCGCUUCUAUGAAUGCUACUCAUUUGUUACACUGUGAUGGAAAAGAUAUUAACAAUAAAAGUGCUUCAAGUAGAAUGGCAUGUGAGGUAUUUCUGGGUGGAUCUUGUAAUCCAACCACAUGGAGAUCAGAAAUAGCGAUACCAACUUUACAAAAACUCGGAAUUACUUAUUACAAUCCCCAAGUAUCACAAUGGGGACCAGAAUUGAUAGCGCAAGAAUAUGAAGCAAAACAAACGGCGAAAGUAUUACUGUUUGUAAUCGAUAAUCAAACACGCAAUAGUGCAGGCAUCAUUGAAGCAGCUCAGUUGGCAGCUACGCGCCGCGAAUCUUUAAUUCUUGUUAUUUAUCCAUAUCGUCAAGGUCAAACGAUACUUGGCGAAACUGUAUCUACUCAAGAAUAUUGUGACCUGAUGAAUGGUUUGCUAGUACUUCAAUAUCUAAUGGAGAAACAGAGGAUACCAAUAUUCGAAAGUGUAUCUGUUGCACUGAAUUGUACAUCUAAGGUGCUACGUGAGGAAAUUAAUGUGCAAGAUCUGCAUUCCGAAGAUGGCAUUAGACCAAUUAAAAUAUCAUUCAAUCAAAAUGGAAUAGAUUUAGUUAUACUCAGAGAGAUUUUCAAGUCUAUGGAUAUAAGUGACAGCGGAAGUGUAAACUUAGAAGAAGCUUGGAUAGCAUUACAAUCGAGUGUUAAGUGCAAUGUAUCAUCAAUGCCGGAACUUCUUAGUAUCGUGAACAAAUCUGAAACUUAUAGGUCAUUGAUAGAUGAUGGAUUUUUGACCAAAAGGGAUCCAACAGAAUUGCGAAUAAACUUUGAACAGUUUUGUGCCUUAGCUACUGAAUCAUCGUGGAGGAUGAAAAGCAACGGCGUCUCUUGUGAAAGUGAGAUACCUUCAAUUUGGAGUAUAUUAUGUAGGAAGGCAACGAAAUUUCUUCGCAGAGCUAUCGUGCAACCUUUUAAUCGUUUCUUAGCGUUCGAGCAGUCGAGUGUACGAUUCGUUCGACCGUUCAACUUUUUAGAUUGGACCAAUUUCUUCGUGCCAGAAUCCGAGAAGAGAGACUUGUACAUUGGAGUAAUCGGUAAAGAUCAAUUUUGGUUAGAAACAACCGCCAUACCCUCGAUCGAAUCUAUUGGAUUAUCUUUAUAUCGAUCAAGCCUGAAUGAGUACAAUGUAAGAGUGUUGCCACAAGAAUUGCAGAGAAUGAAAAAUUCGCAGUUAAUAUUAUUAAUUGUACCGCAACAUUCACGUGGUAUCACUAUAAUGGCAUUGGCAGCUCACCUCAUUGGAUUACGCGCAAAAUUAGUCCUAUGCGUUCAAAUGCUUCCCGAAGACUGCGUAGUUUCUGGUGAAAAGCUAACUGAACAAGCCAUAAAAGACUACAAUCGGGGAAGAAUGUACCUGUCGGACUAUGCGUCGCGCGAAGGUGUACCUGUUUUUCAGAAUAUCGUAGAUGCUUUGCAACAUGCGAUACAACUAGUUCAACAUCUCUGAUUUUCUUCUUAUUCCGAUUCUUCUUUCUUUUUUCUUUUUGAUUUUACACUCAACCCCUUCCGUCCUUUCCUCACUCCUAUUUCUUCUUCAUCUAUGACUUCUAUCUAUUUUUUUAUUAUUAUAUUUUUUUUUUUUUUUUUUUUUNUAUUUUUUUUUUUUUUUUUUUUUUGAUAUGAGUAAAUGUUUCAAUUCACCGAUUAAUUUAUUUUUACUGUUAGCAAUAAUGUUCAACUACUAAUCGAACGAAUGAAAAAUAAAAUUGUGUUUGUUUCCGAUUAGAUUCCAAUUAGAUAAAGAAUGUGGUAUUAAAUCCACAAUAAAUAUGGUGUUUUACAUGAAUUUAAGAGUAUAUUAGAUGAAAAAAGGAAUAGUAUUAUCUCGAUCUGUUAGAAUUACGAAAUAUUUCAUAUAACGGAUCGUUCCAUUUUCAUGAAGUUGCUCGUAUCGAGUCGGCUACAGUAAAGUAAUUUGAAUUUCAGUGAAAUUUCUUAUAGUAGUUGAACAUAGAUUUUAUAGUGAUUCAAUUCAAUAAUUUUGUAACCAUUUGGUAACUGGUUGAGGAUUGAUAUACGUGUAUUGUAUAUAGAUUAUUAGCUGUUUCUAACGAUCUAAUGAUAAUUAAUUUGAAAUUUAUUAAAAAAGAAUGCAUGAGAAUGCGUGGAAGAAAUUUGAUAGGCAAAAUGUGUGGAUAAAAGACGCGUACCUGUGAAUAAAUAAAAAUUUUAUUUAGCUACUUUGUAUUAUAUCAUAUGCUGUGACGUGUAAUACGGUUUAUCCGUGAAUAACAGAAAUUAUGAAAAAAUUAUAUUUCUAGAAUUUAAUCUAUGUACGACAAAGAUGCAGGACAAACAAAUUUAGCUAUAUGUAAAAUAUCUUAAACUUAUUUGAUAUUCGUUAGAACAAUUUAAACUGCUCGACGCAUUCUCUUCUCUUUUUCCUUUUCUUCUUUUUAAUCUUUUAAUCACUUAAUCUUCUUCCUCUAUUUUUCAUUCACUCAUUCAUUUUACACUUUCUGCUGUUUUUAUAACUUAAUCAAUAUUUUCUUUGUACAAUAAAAAAAAUUGUUUUUAUUUGUAAUAUUCGUUUCAUCCAAAUAAGAUAAUGUAACGUUUCGAAAUUCGAAAAUAAGAAAAAGAAAUCGGAAAAUUGAUAAAAAACAUUAUUGUGAAAAAUUUA